AUGAAGAUUCUACUGUGCGUUCUCAUAUUAGUCGUCUUUUCUUCAGAGGCCACCAAACGAGAAUGGGCUUCGGAAGUUACAGCAUUUUCCUCACAGUACAGCUCAACAAGCUACUCAGCAAAACAGAUAUUGGGAAAACCCAAUGUUUAUCCUAAAUACAGUCAAAGUUCAUUGGCAUGGACACAGGCGUAUAGACACCUUGAUGCAAAUCAGUACAUAGAGUUGAAAUUUCCGGAAAAGAUUUGGCUAACUGAGGUUAACAUAUAUGAAGUAUAUAACGCUGGAGCUGUCAAGAGAAUAUUGGCGAAAAAUGAAAAAAACGGAUGGGUUGAAAUAUUUAAGGCUCCAUAUGCACUCUUAAUCAAAAGAUCUAGGAUAUUUUCCCCCAAAAUAAAAAGAUUGAACUUUCCUGUAAAUGAGCUGAGAAUCGAAGUUGAUUGUACUGCCUCCGGUUCAUAUGUAUAUAUUGACGCAGUUGAAAUCGUUGGAGAUGAUUGUCCUAGACAGUUUCAAAAACUCGGGGAUUCUUGUUAUCUGAUCAAAAAAGAUAAAGUGUCAGCAGACACAGCAUUUGCGAACUGUUUAGAAACUGGUGGCUACCUGGCUAACUUUGAAACUCUAGAAGAGGCUUUGCAAAUGAAAAAGCUUUUAAAGAAAAUGAAUACAAGAAUUCACUUUUAUGUUGGGGGAAGAAACAUAAACAGAAGAAAACCCGGGGGAGAUUGGAGGUGGAUCAAGCACGGACAAAUGACCAAGAUGACAUAUCAUGCCUUUGGUGCAGGAGAACCCAAUGGAUCUGACAGGUCUCCACAGGACUGUAUGUUCUUUUAUGCAGGAGAACGGUACACGUUCCACAACGUCUUUUGUGAUAAUGGUUCAUAUCUUGGCGGUUAUAUCUGCGAAGCAUGAAAAUUGUCAUAUUGAUUAUAAUACAACAUAUUGAAAGC